CUUAGGAGGAGGUUGGGAAGAGGAGGAGCUGCCCAGCGCAUGCGCAGUAAAGGAGACUGAAGCAUUCAUGUGGAGGUCAGCGUGGAAGCAGGUGUGAGUGGGUCCAGCAGGAGGAGACAUGGCUGCAAAAGUGUUUGAGUCCAUUGGCAAGUUCGGCCUGGCCUUAGCUGUUGCAGGAGGCGUGGUGAACUCUGCCUUGUAUAACGUGGAUGCUGGACACAGAGCUGUCAUCUUUGACCGGUUCCGUGGAGUGCAGGACAUUGUGGUAGGGGAAGGGACACACUUUCUCAUCCCUUGGGUACAGAAACCAAUUCUCUUUGAUUGCCGCUCUCGACCACGUAAUGUGCCAGUCAUCACUGGUAGCAAAGAUUUACAGAAUGUCAACAUCACCCUGCGCAUCCUCUUCAGGCCAGUGGCCAGCCAGCUUCCCCGCAUCUUCACCAGCAUCGGAGAGGACUAUGACGAGCGGGUGCUGCCGUCCAUCACUACAGAGAUCCUCAAGUCAGUGGUGGCUCGCUUUGAUGCAGGAGAACUGAUCACCCAGAGAGAGCUGGUCUCCAGGCAGGUGAGCGACGACCUUACAGAGCGAGCAGCAACCUUUGGGCUCAUCCUGGAUGACGUGUCCUUGACGCAUCUGACCUUCGGGAAGGAGUUCACAGAAGCGGUAGAAGCCAAACAGGUGGCUCAGCAGGAAGCGGAGAGGGCCAGAUUUGUGGUGGAAAAGGCUGAGCAGCAGAAGAAGGCGGCCAUCAUCUCUGCCGAGGGCGACUCCAAAGCAGCCGAGCUGAUCGCCAACUCACUUGCCACCGCCGGUGAUGGCCUGAUCGAGCUGCGUAAGCUGGAAGCCGCAGAAGACAUCGCCUACCAGCUGGCACGCUCUCGGAACAUCACCUACCUGCCAGCCGGGCACUCGGUGCUCCUCCAGCUGCCCCAGUGAGGCCUGGCCUGCCUGCACCUCCGUGGGCCAUCUGGGCCAUGGCCCUGAUGAUUCUGAAUACCACCUUCUUUCUGCCCCAACCCCAGAAAUCACUGUGAAAAUUCAUGAUUGGCUUAAAGUGAAGGAAAUAAAAGUGAAAUCACUUCAGAUCUCU